AGGCAGGAGAGAGGAGGUGGUUUUUAGCGCCGCUUCAAGAACCAGAGAGAAGACAAGAUAUUCAGCCGGUGUGAAAAUCAUGGACGAAUACUACGAUUAUUCCUACUCGGGAGAUUACCCCAACGCCUCCUCCUCCUACUCUCCCGCUGAGGAAAUCUACUGCGACGUUCCUCAUUUGCCGUGGGGCUGGAUCGUGCGCUGCAUCCUGUACUGCGUGGUCCUCUCGCUCGGCGUGCCGGGCAACAUGCUCCUCAUGGGGGCGCUGUGGGUCCGGCACCGCUUUCACUGGAGGCCCGUGGAGCUCUUCAUGAUCAACCUGGCUUUCUCCGACCUGCUCUUCCUCCUGGUCCUGCCCCUCUGGCUGGACAGCGAGAUCUCCGGAGGCCGGUGGCGCACCGGUUGGUUCUCCUGCCUGGCGAGUUCCUACACGGCCUCCCUGAACAUGCACGCUGGCAUUUUCUUUCUCACCGCCAUGAGCGUUGACAGGUACCUAGCGGUGGUGCGCUCUGACAUCUACCGACGAAUCACGCACGUUUACAACAAGAACCUGAUCUCCGCGGCGUGCUGCGUCUCCGUGCUCCUGGCCCUCCCCGUGCUGUUCGAGCGAGAGCAUGUGAAGACCGACGACUCCUGGUACUGCCGCAACGCGGAUCCUUCCCAGCGCCGCCUCGUCUCCCCCCUCCUCGGCUCCGCGGCUUUCUUUCUGCCAUUGCUCAUCAUUCUCUUCUGCUAUUGCUGUAUCACCAAGACGCUGUGCCACCACUAUCACCGGACGCUCACGCAGGACAAGAAGCUGCGGCGUUCUUUCCGCAUCGUCUUCCUGGUGGUCGCCGUGUUCGUUUUCUCCUGGGUCCCCUUCAAUGCUUUCAAGCUGCUGGCUGUGGUGGAGGAAAUGUCCCUCCGCCGUUCCUGCCUGGCGACAAAAGUCGCUCAACUCGGACUGCAGGUCACCGUGCCCCUCGCUUUCGCCAACAGCUGCGCUAACCCGGUCAUCUACGCCUGUACCGACGCCUCGUUGCGCCAGGCGGCGCUCAAGGGUUUUUGCCCCCGGCUCCACGCCGUGUUUGAAACGGGGAGCGUCUCACGUACGUCAGACAACAGUGUGCCCCAGAGUCAGCUGUCGUGGAGAGACAGAGAUAGGCAGGGCAAUUCUAUAAGCCUCGUGCAGCUGAGGGGUUAGGAUGAAUGGUGUAGUAAUAAUAAUAGGGAAGCUGAGUCACGUGACUCGUGUCUCCCGCACGAUUGGCUGAUUCAGUCAGUCAGUCCUCCUGAUGCAAUGAAAAGAGCGCGAGGAAAUGUUUUUUUUUAUUUAUUACGAACUAUUUCUUUUAAGACGACGCAUGACUUGACUGUGGAACCAAACACAAGCGAAGCCACAGACACACACGUACGCACACACACACACACACACACACACACACACACUCACACACACACACACACACACACACACACUCACACACACACACACACACACACACACUCACACACACACACACUGACACACACACACACACACACACACACACACACACACACACACACACACUCACACACACACACACACACACACACACACACACACACACACACUCACACACACACACACACACACACAAACUGACACACACACCCUCUGACACACACACUGACACACAAUUCAGGAGCGCCGUAUCGUACGUUAUUUAAUUGCAUUAUAUAACAUUUGAAAAAUGAGAAUAUAUAUAUAUAUAAAAGCAACAAACGUGUUUAUAAAUGGGGGAAAAAAUCGUCUUACCUUUGUACAGCUCCGCAUGUAUUCAGCACUGCUUACACGCUUCAGACGGCUCGGCGUGUUUCUCAGAGAGACCUGAAUACAGUUGAGCAGUUCUGGAAUUUGGGGUUUUCAAAGUCACACCCACGAAUACACAGAAAGCGAGUCGUCAGGGACGCCACACAAUUCAGACAGCUAUGAGUAAAGUGUUAUUGAAAUAAACUUUUGACCUCAUCUUAAAUGGACCGCGAGGAGAGUGUCUGAUCAAUUUGCAAUUUCGUUGCUUCUUUUAAUUAAAUUUAAUUAAAUAUGUAUUAUGAAAUGAAAAACAAACGUGUUAUGUUUUUAUUUUAUCUGGAUUUUUUGUAGGUUUAUUGCAGUCGAAUAUAUAUUGAAUCGUAUUUUGUCAUAUGCUUGUUCUUACUAGAACUGAAGUCAGUGUAUUUAGUUUGCUCUUAAUUGUAUUAAUACUUGUACUGUGAUUCUUGAAAUGUAUUUUUG